GGAAAAGGAAUGAUUGUUCUCGACAGAGCAAUUUUCAUUCGGUUUCAAGAGCAAAAUUUUGAAAUCAUAAAGUCCUGAUGAUUUGCCAGACUUUUAUGGGAGUCAUGACGGCGCAGAUGGUCUUCAGUUGGGACUCAAGGAGUUCUCGCUGAAUCAUUAUAUCUGCAAAGGCAAGUCAGAACUUUUCCAAGUAGUAUUUUGUAAAUAUGAUAAGCAUCACGUGUAGCUGCAUUAGCAAGGCACUCUAUGAUCUGCACUAUAAGUAUAGCUUCGAACCAUUGAUGUCAUUUCAGUAACAACGCCUCCUCACAUCAUAUCAAGAUGUUCAAACUCAUCAGCGCUACUCCUUCUCCAUAUGCAAGGAAAGUCCGCAUUGUCCUUGCAGAGAAGGGCAUUCCUUUUGAGCUGAUCACCGAAGUCCCGUGGGACAAUACAACCAAGACACCACAGCAUAACCCACUCGAAAAGCUUCCUGUGCUCAUCCUCGAGGAUGGCUCUUCAGUGUAUGAGUCCCACUAUAUCCUAGAGUACAUCGAGGCCAAGUUUCUAGGAAAACAUCCUAUGCUUUCUGACGAUAUCGACGAGAGGCUAUUCGCCAAGAAGGUCGAGGUUGUAGCUGAUGGAGUGUGCGAUGCUUUUGUUCUCUGCUUCUUCGAGAAACAACGUGCUCAGCAGAGCGAGGAAUGGAAAGCUCGUCAAAUGAGAAAAGUUGAUGGCGGAUUUAGAGCCUUGGCCGAGUGGGUGGGCGAGAGGGACUAUAUCGUUGGAGAUAAAUUCGGGCUGGCAGAUGUCGCUACUGGAAGUGUCUGCGGGUAUUUUGAUGUCAGAUGUCCUGAGUACCCAUGGAGAUCUUAUUACCCGAAUCUUGCGAAGUAUAUGGACAAGCUUAACAACAGAAAGUCAUUCAAGGAUACCGUUCCGGUUCCUCAGAAGAUUUCGGACAAGAUUGUAUGAAUCAAUUGUCGAUGAUUAUGCGUGUCCACUGGAACAAUAUAGUGGAUUUCUUGAUCAUCUGCAAAGUCACCGCUCUUGUGCCACCCAGUCACAUUGUCGAUAUGUACCCUUCAACGAUAUCUUAUUGGUCCUCGAAUCUUGAGAGAUUUGUAGAGCUAAUCGAGAG